AGGCAGCAACGCAAGCUGAGAGCUGACAGGACCAGCUUGUGGGAGACCCUGCAAGCCGUCUCCCCCAGGGCCCUCUUUUGGGAGGAGUGUGUGCCCCGCAUCUCCUUCUUGAAAUCUCCAGGUUGCCCGCGUCUCGUCAUUUAAACACUCCAACCCAGUUCAGCAACACCGCUGCCCAACCCAUUUACAUCUGCCCUUCUGCGAAGAUCCGCAGCCGGACCGCGAUCGACUUCUUUCGUUUACCCAAAUCCGAUACCCAGCAUCCCAUCAAUAUGGCGGACUCUCUUACCGAAGAGCAGGUCUCUGAGUUUAAGGAGGCUUUCUCCCUUUUUGACAAGGACGGCGAUGGACAAAUCACAACCAAGGAGCUAGGCACCGUCAUGCGCUCGCUCGGCCAAAACCCUUCGGAGUCUGAGCUGCAGGAUAUGAUCAACGAGGUGGACGCCGACAACAAUGGCACCAUUGACUUCCCCGAGUUCCUCACAAUGAUGGCGAGGAAGAUGAAGGACACCGACUCGGAGGAAGAGAUCCGUGAGGCGUUUAAGGUCUUCGACCGCGACAACAACGGCUUCAUCUCAGCGGCCGAGCUGCGCCACGUCAUGACCUCGAUCGGUGAGAAGCUCACUGACGAUGAGGUCGACGAAAUGAUCCGCGAGGCCGACCAGGACGGCGACGGGCGUAUCGACUACAACGAGUUUGUGCAGCUCAUGAUGCAGAAGUAACCGUUUCACCAAACCCAGCAGAACAACGCUC